AUGCGGUCCGCAUCUUCCAAGCCAUCCCCUACACCACUUGCCGACCCAUGCGACUUUUCAUCAAGUAAUAUCGAUGUCACCGGGAUAGAAGCCGACGAUGAAGAGGAUACUUCAGAUGAUGAUCAAGGUGUAUUCUUGGGUGAUCAUAGACCUGAUGAACUCAGUCUUAUCGCCAAGUUAUCAGCGUCGACCUCGGCUUCGCCUUCACCAAUCAUCCAUCGAGUCAAGAAAAGAGAUUCAAGGGAAUUCAUGAGGCGGAAGACAUUGUUACUAUCGCCUAUGACAAAGCCGAACCUAGUUAAACGAUCCGUGUUAACUGAACGACAAAUACGACCAGAUAACAAUGACUCUGAUAUAACCUCGACCCCAUCCUCAUCACCUUUGAAGCAGCAGAGAUACUCAUGCUCCACGCCAACCAGAGCUCAAGAUGCCUCCGAUCUGACACUUGACUUCGCCGCAUUCAACCUUUCUUCUCCUCAGCCGCCCACAAGUUCCAUACAUUCCCAAAGUGAUUCAGCUGGAAGCGAUAAAGAGAACAUGCCUGUGGAAACAUCAGAAUCGCACACAGAUAAGGCAGCAAGUUCGGAGGAGGUCGUAAUCAUGGGGCAGAACGAGGACUCAAAUGGAUCAGAAGAUGAAGCCACACAACUCGACAUGGGUGGAUUGCGAUUAUCUGAUUUCUCCGACCCGGAAACCGGUUUCGAAGAAAAUCAAUCGAUAGCACCUAAUCACUACGAUGACGGCGAUGAGAAGGAAGCUGUGAAAAGUCCAAACUCGGAUUUAUUGCCUGACGGCGAUAUGUCCUCCAAUAUGGAUUCACCUCUGCCCAUUGCAAGAGCUGGCCCGGUGGUCAUACCAAUACUAUCGUCCCAUCAUUUCACCUCUAUUCGAGCCGAAGUAGGUUCCCCUUGUCGAAACCUGUCACCUCCACCUAUUAUACCGGUCUUGGAACCAUUCGAGGACAAGAUACGAUUAAGUCAGACACAAAGUCCAACCAGUCUGCACACGGUCUCUGAACCUACUCGCACCGUGGCAUUCACUUCUACUCCGAGUAGAUCCACUCCUUUACCCCCUCCCGCAUUGGUGGAAAGAGGUGCCAAAUUGCUCAAGGAAGCGACUUCGGCCAUACCCAAGAAAAAUGCUACGUUACCCACUAAAUCCGCUUCACGAGCUAUGGCAAUUCGUAAUCAGCUUGACACCGCCUAUUCAAGCAGGAUAGGAGCUUUAGGUCCCCCUCAGCGAUCGGUCUCUUCGUCAUCUUCAAGCAGCUCGUCCUCGUCAACUGCGUUGAAGGCUUCUUCCUCCAGCUCUUCUUCAUCGACAGCCCGAACAACAGCUUUCCCUCAGCAAUCUAGGUCUGUAGCAGCACCGGCAAAAUCGUCGGCUGUCCCGAAAGCUGUCGCACCUGUGCAGAAGAAACAUACUGUCGUACCCCUCGCGUCCUCAACUACCAAAAGUCUGCCAACUACUAAAAUUUUGUCCCGUCCAGCACUCGCGGCCAAGAAAACUCUUCCAGCCAUCUCCAAGCCGACCAAUAAACCAGCUGACAAGACAACAAAUCCUCUGAGGCCCUCAACUUCAUCUUCCAUCCCCUUGAAAAGACCUGCACCCGUGACUUGCCUUGCAAGGUCUACAAAUGUCGACACUGCUGUCAUUUCCUCUUCGAUCACACCUGCGUGUCGAUUUCCUACAACUGCGCCGACUCGGCCUGCCCUUGGUCUACCAUCUCGAAAUCUUCAUUUCCACCCAAAUCAUCAGCCAAUCCCUCUACAGGCAGCCCCAAUAUUUUCUGUAGGUGUAGCUGGAGACACGCAGGUCAUGGGCAGACCAGCUUUCCGCUCGCCUGCUAAAGCCGGUUUGUUGAAAAAGACCUUGUUAGAUAAAGGCACUCCUAGAAAGCUUGGCACGCCCAUGAGAUUUGGUACGCCUCGUAUGGUCACGAUGUCGACACCUUCGACUUGGUCGUCAGCACCUAUUCACGAUGUAGCAGCUGUUCCUGCGCCAGUGUCUGAAGGUCCUCCAGCUACUGCUACCCGUCACGCAACAGCUGAAGCCACUUCGACGGCAUCCUUGUCGUCGGCCUCCAGUCCAACCGAACGGAUGAGAGGAUCAAGCGCGGAUCACGAAGAAGUUUCGGUGCAGUUAGCCAAGCCACCUUCGUCUCCUACAAAGUCGCCAUCUCCCAAGAAAAAGAAGCGACCUGUAGGACGCCCGCGUAAGAUCUCUCAGCCUCAGGCGGUUGCUACCAUCGUACCUGUUUCUUCCAAAUCUAAACCCACAUCAACACCACCACCUACUGCUGGACCUCCUCUCAUGUCUGAGAAGGAACUCAAGACAACAACGCAUCGGAACACCGUACGAAACCAAGUAUAUCAUUGCGCCAUCGACCGUCAAAUCAUCCGACAGAGUGGACCAAGACCUCCUAGUCCUACUUCUAAGAUUAGGACUACAGCAGAGCGAAAUGAAGAGGAGAAGAAGAAUGCCAGAGAAGCUAGAGCUAAAAGGCGAAAAGGUCAACAGGAAGAGGAAGAAGCUGAAAAACCCAUUGUUCAAAAGUUGGUUCAGCAUAGGCAUCCAGGUGAUGAAAGCGAUUUCGAAACUCCUCAAAUACCGAGACCUCUGAAGAAGUUGAAAUCGAACGAAGAUGAUAAGAAACCCAAGUUUGUCUCUUUCGAUAAGGGUUUGACGGUGAUCAGAGAUGAUGGUACAGCUAGACCGUCGUCGAGAAAUAGUAGAGAGGAAUCAGAAGCCGUUACAGAAGUGAAGAGUUGUCUUAGGGCCAAAGUUGAGCUGGACCACCAUGGGAAUUUGCACGACGCUCAUCGACCGAUCGAUAACCUGAAGAGAACAAGAGUAGUAGUCAAUGCUGUAUUUUACGAUGGCGAAGAGCCAGUCCCAUUCUCUUAUUCACCUUCGAAUGGAACGAGAUCCAAGAAGAAAUGA